UAUUUUAUGAUGCAUUAGUGUCCACUUCAAUGGUCUGUGUGCAUUUAUAACAUAAAAAUCCACAAGAAGCACAAGGAAAUGGCUUUUAAAUAGCUAACCACUAUACUGACCACUGUGCAUGAAAGGGUUAAUUUCUUAGCACUGUUUCAUUUGGACUUUCACAUUCCACAGCCACACAUCACUUCUUUAAAAGCCACAGUGAAAUGUAAAAAUGCGGAAUUUUAUCCCACAUGCAUCAAGCUCCAGACUCACGUACUGUCACCAGGAGACAUUCCGGACAGUGGGGUUAUUGCACCUGUAGACAUCUUGGUUCUCAGACCAGUUUUGGAGCUUUAGGCCAAAUAACACCGAUACCACGUACAGAACCAGGGCGAAACUGCUGGCUUGAGUUUGUUUCAGAUGACCGAGCGCGCGUGUGUGCGUGUGUGUGUUUGUGUGUGUGCGUGUAUGUGUGAGAAAGAGAGCGAGAGAGGUGAUCGGUGUGGGGUGGAAUCAAAGGGUUGAGACUUAUUGUUCUAAUGUGAAAAGGAGCUAAUGGUCGACCAUCGAAACUCGGGAUCUGAAAUCAACGGGGUGCCCGGGGGCCACGAAGCACAAUGGCUUCCCCCCCUCCUUCCCCGCAGUGCGUCUUCCUGCCGCAAUCUGCGGCCAAUGGCUCGCGCUGGGGGGAGCACCAUCUGCAGCGAUGGUCCGGCCAUCCAGGCCCCUGACUGAGCACCGAUCCAAGGUGAAUAAUACCUCACCUGAACGAACAACCCAUCCAUUGGCCUACCACAUUACCAAUGCAACGACUAAAAUAUCGAUUGGAGUUUAAGGGAAAUAUUUUGGUCUUCAAAAAAUGAGACCAAUAGUUAUUGCAAAUUGUAAUGCAAAUUCCCACUGCAGUUUGCAUGAAACACAUUCAUAAAAAUGAUUCAUCCAAUUUAAAACAAACCUAACAAAGCAACAUCCUCCUAAAUUAAUGGCCUAAGUAAUGCUUCUUUUUUGUUGUUGUUGUCGUCAAAAGUGAUUUUUCUUUUCGUCUUCUGGAAAGAAAGAGGUGGCGAUUGUUGUUUUCCUUUUCUUCUUUCUUUCAAUCUUUUUUUUCCCCCCAAAAAAAAUAUUUUCGGCAAAAAUACGUCUUAAGCCAUUAUUUCAGGAGGUUGACGAUGAGUGAAAUGUGUUCAUGGGCCACAGCUUUGAAUGUUAACAUCCUACCUAGAGAGUCACCAAAAUGUGCCAUUGUUUGUUUCUAAUUAAAUAUGUCCACGAGUAAUUAAGUUAGCAUGUUUGAUAACUGUUCCAGCUUAGGCCCACAGGGUUAUCUUUUUUUAAUAGAUUAAUGCAGAGCAAAGCGAAGUAUUUUCAUAAGGAUUAUAAUAUCAAAGCCAUUUCCUUAAGAAAGCAUAAUUUAAACAACUAUAGCUUUAUAAUUCAUGAAUGAGGAGAACAGUAUGGUGUUACAGUAUGUAUUUAUAGUGGAGGUGACCCGUGUCUGCUUAGCAUUGUAAAUCCGCUUAUUUCCCCCCUUAUUUCGGCUGCAUCAACUAUGUUUCGCCUUAGUGCAGCUUAGACUUGCUUCAGUUUCGCAAAAAUUGCGAAGAUUCUGUGGAAAAUGAACCCCAAAGUUUCCAAAAGACACGCCCACUUCUCUGCGCAAGAAUCAAGGUCAUUCACGAAUGUCCCAUCAGCUGUGCGUAAUUGUCCGCACCAGCCAAUGGGCGUACAGUAGGCCGAUCUCCAUCUCCCGCAGCUGUGAUAAGUAAAACCCGUGGAGCCACCGCAAGGAACGAACAUUUGAGUUGAGAGGUGGUUGUGAACACAGGGGUCUAAGGGAGGAGGCCAGAGAGUGACGACGAUGUAAUCGUUUAGGAAACUGAUGCCUUCUUAACACGUUUCUGUCGCCUUAGAUUGUUCUUUUCUUUCUUUUUUUUAAGAUUAAAUCAGAUGGGCAGCUUUCAAUCGAGCCAUUUCUAACUUUUUGAAAAUUAUUUAUAUAAUUUGAGUUACUUGUAAGCAAGAUUUUACACUCCCAGGAAGAUGUCUGACAGAUCGCAGACCCCGGAGAUCCAAAGUCGACCUUAUGACUUCAGCCGGGCUGGCGCUUGCAACACUCAGGUUUUGGGUCAGGAAGGCAUGGGCAACUCUUCGUGCUUCCAGCUUCCUCACCCGGUUUUUCACGACCCGAGUCUGCUUUACAGCAAGCCAGCCUACGGAGGGAUCACACCCGCGCCAACCCAAACGUAUUUCCCGUUUCCACACGUCGCCGGUGACUACAGAGGAUCCGAUCUGCAGGCUGGGGACUUUGGGCAACCAAAGCAUUGGUAUCCCUUCGCUGCAUCCGAGUACACUGGCCAGGUACCCGGCGUGAUUGCGGCCACCCAGCCAAUAAACGGGAGCCCCCCGAUAGCCGAGACUCGGGAGCAAAUCAGAUUGCCCGAGAUCAAGACUGAGAAGGACACUGGAAAUGAUUAUCCGACCGAAAUGAAGGUUCAACAGUAUCCGAUUCCUGCACCUUCCACAAGCAUGACCCAUGGAGUCUUCUACCCACCGACUUGGAACCCCUCCUUCUGGCCCGGGGUCACUCACAUCACCCAACCAGGAAGCAAUAAUCAAAACCCCUCAGCGUCCUCGACAUCGUCCCCGUCAACGUCUCCUUCACCUCCAAGCAAUGGGACCCAGGGAAACGCGUUUUUCAGCGCAAACGCGAACCAGGCUCCGUCAGAGCCCCAGGCACAGAACACGGCUCCCAACACGCGGAGCAGCGGAUCCUCAAGUGGGGGUUGCAGCGACUCUGAAGAGGAGAACCUCACCACUGCCGAACUGGAGCAAUUUUCCAAAGAGUUGAAACACAAACGGAUAACUUUGGGGUUCACUCAGGCAGAUGUUGGCCUAGCUCUUGGUAACCUUUACGGCAAAAUGUUCAGCCAGACAACCAUUUGCCGCUUUGAGGCUCUGCAGCUGAGCUUAAAGAACAUGUGCAAGCUGAAGCCCCUUCUGCAGAGAUGGCUGGAUGAGGCAGAAACUUCGGAAAAUCCUCAGGAGAUGUACAAGAUUGAGCGAGUGUUUGUCGACACCAGAAAGAGAAAGCGGAGGACCAGUCUGGAGGGAGCGGUCCGGUCUGCGUUGGAGGCCUACUUUAUCAAAUGUCCCAAGCCCAACACUCAAGAAAUAACACAAAUCUCAGAUGAUCUGGGCCUGGAAAGAGAUGUGGUGCGUGUUUGGUUCUGCAAUCGAAGACAGAAGGGGAAGCGUCUGGCCCUGCCGCUGGACGAGGAGUGUGAAGGCCAGUACUAUGAGCAGAACCCUUCACCGUUGAACAUGGCCCCUAACCCUGUCCAAGGCCAAGCCUACCCAUCCUCCAGCUACCCCGGAGCACCUCCUCCAACCCUCUACAUGCCCCCGCUUCACCGAGCGGAUGUUCUGAAACAUGCUCUGCACUCUGGAUUGGUUGGUCACCUGACUGGUUAAACUGGUGGGUAGUCUCCCUGCCAGACUACAGUUUUCUUCAAGCAUCCAUCUACACCCAACCUGAGCUGAAAAUGGGAUAUGAUUCCAUAUUGACUUGAUGUGAAAUGAGGCAAAUGUCAAGUGGGAGAGGGCUGUUUCUUUUUGACUAUUAAAAAAACAGAAAAAAAAGACUAGGCCUUAAUCAGCGUUUGUAAAUCGGUGCCUUUCUUUUCUUGUCUUGUGGAUAUUUUAAACCGUCAGUGUUUUGCAGAUUUGUACUUUGUUUUCUGAUAUGGAGGUAAAGUUAUAAGGUUAGACUUUUAAUACUGCUGAACCCCAGAGUAGGCUUGACCACAAAUGAUUCAGUCAUGUCUAUUUGUGCAAUACUUUAUCGGAAACUGAAAGCUGUUGGUAACAUUAAACUUGGAUUUUUUGUUUUUUAAUUAUUAUUUGCACAAACUUGUAAUCAUCACUAUCGCCAGCCAUAAAAAAAAAUGGGUUUAUGGUUGCAUGCAUUGUAAUUUAAAAUCAAGAUUUUAGAAGUGAAAAUGGGAGUGUUUCAUGAGUAUUGGCUGCUAAAUUUCUUUUUUCUUUUU